AUGACGUUAUUUCAAAAACUACAAUGGUUUUGUCAACUGAUCCGUCUCAGAGCAUACUACAAAUUUUUACUUCUAAUUGCAUAUACGUUGUUUGGAGCAUGGCUCUUCAGAUUUUAUGAGUUACAAGCAGACAUCAAAAGAAGAGCCAUUUAUGGAAAUGAUACUAACUUGAUCAGGCGGCAGCUAGCUGAACGAUGGAUUGAAAUGCACGAUGAUGCUGUUUUGAGAAACAAUUCAGUAUUACGACGUCGACGAGCGGCUGAAGCUGUAGAUUGGCUUCUCGGUGAAUUGAAUCUCUCCGAUCAUAUGAGAGAAUUCUCAGAAGAUACACCGUGGACGUGGACAGGAGCUAUGUUUUAUGCAGGUCAACUUUAUACCACCAUUGGUUACGGUUAUCCAACCGCGAAAACCGAUGAAGGCAGAAUAUGCACAGUUUUAUACGCUCUCUUCGGAAUCCCAUGCUUCCUGAUGUAUCUCAAGGCAAUCGGUAAAACAUUGUCAAAGAGAUUGAAAAAAAUCUACAAACGAGUGAGACGAUCUGCUUUUGGAAAAUUCCUACUUCCAACCAGAGUUACGGCCACAAAAGACGGAUUCGAAGAUCCAGAUGCAUCUGCGGAGGAGAGAAAAAGGAAACCAUUUCCAAUUCCAAUUGCUAUUAUACUUUUGAUUAUUUGGAUUUGUUUCUCAGCUUCAAUGUUUUGUCAGUGGGAGAAGACGUGGGAUUUCCCAUCAGCCGUAUACUUCUUCAUCGUUUCCAUUUCAACUGUUGGUCUCGGUGAUAUGCUCUUCCGAACACCUGAUAUGAUGGUCUUCAACUUCCUGCUCAUUCUUUUUGGUCUGGCUCUUCUCUCAAUGUGCUUUGAGCUGAUCACAGACCGUAUUGCCAAAUGGAAACAAAAAAGAUUCGAUGAGCACAUCAAGAAAGUUCAAAAGAUGGCAUUCCAAGUUUUCGAGAAGGAUCCGUUUGUGGAGGAAGCACCGCCUCUUGGGAUUCGUAUGGCUCCUAAUCUGAUGCAAAUUGCCGCGACUCAUGUUAGUGAAGAGAAGCGUGGAUUCUUCGCGGAACUCAAAGAUUGGUUUGCUGGAAAAGUGACAGAUAAUGUGAUCCAGUCAAAACUGGAAGACACUGAUGAUGAAUCUGAUGAGGAUGAAGCUCUUGAAGAAUUCGAAUCACCACAAGUUGCCACGCUUACUGCCAACGAUCUGGUUGUAUGCACGAACGGAGGAGCUACAAGACGAGUUAGCAAACAGAGUUAUGCAUUCUCCGACGUUUCAAACCUUUCCAACUCCAAAAUUCCACCUGGAAAUAAUUACGGUCAGCUUCUUGACCGUAUCAAAGCGAUGGAGAAGUUCAAACCGAAGAAGGGUGACUUGGACUCCAGAAUGUUUGCAAAGUUUUUGGAAAAUAAAAAGUUGGCGAAGAUUCUGGAGCAAACGGAGUUACGAGAAUUAGCUACUGUUUCUUGUCAGACUGAUCUCAGUGGAUUGGUAGUACAAAGAAGAAAUCCGAAAGGAAGGCAUGCAAGAAUUGGUUCAUGUUCAUCUCAAUCCACUAUGUCGACAUUCUUACCCAGAAAUAACAGCCACGCUCCAGAUGAGGAUUCUGUGAUGUCGAUCACAUUUGGUGAUCUGAAGUUCGAUUACAUAACAGAGCCUUUAAUCGAUGAGUAUCACCUCAGAGAAUCAAAUCACUCAAUAUUCGAUUUCGACGACGAUGAGGUCGUCAGAAUUCCCCAGAAAAUGUUGGUAUCUCGUCCAGGAAUGCCACCACCUCCACCAUCUCGUCCAUCACAAUUGGCAUCACCAUUGAGAGCAUUGCUCGAGAAGGAACAAAAAUACGAUGAGGAUCCAGAAAUCCAGUUGACACCAAGAAGGCUGGCAUCACUGACGGAUGUUCAAGCUCGUAAAGUAAAGCUUGGUUAUGAUGAAAACCUACAACAUGCUCGUCUUGUGUGUGGACUUCUUCCUCAAGAUUUCGAUUCGCCAUCCACAUCAACAUCAACAUCGAUGAUUGACUCUGGUUAUGAUCUUUCAAAACGCGAUGCACCGGUUAAUAUUGUUUAG